AUGGAUCCCAACCCUCCCAGUGGUGUUGACGUCUCGCGACCUUCUGUCGCUCGCAUGUAUGACUUCUAUCUUGGUGGAAAAAACAACUAUGCUUCAGACAGGGCCGCCGUGGCGGCAGUCAAAGAAGCACUCCCCAACAUCAUCGAAAUCGUGGCCGAAGGUCGCCAUUUUCUGAGACGUGUAAUUCGGUACAUGUGCUACCAAGGCAUCGACCAGUUCAUUGAUAUUGGCUCAGGGCUACCAAGUGCUGAUAACACUCAUCAAGUAGCCCAGAGGGUCAACCCUAAUGCCCGCGUCGUUUAUGUCGACAUUGACGAGUCUGCUGUCGUUCAAGGGCGGCAGAUCCUCAGUGGAAACUCAUCAACGGCAUUUAUUCAAGGGUCGGUCCUAGAACUGGAGCCCAUCUUGAACCACCCUGAGACGCGCAAUCUCAUUGACUUCUCAAAGCCAGUGGGCGUUGUCAUGAUGGGUCUAUUGCACUUUUUUGAUAUUGAUGUCGAUCGCGGUAUUCUCAAUACCUUGCGGCAAAACCUUGCUCCGGGGAGCUUGGUUAGCUUUACUCAUGGAGUCUUGGAGUAUCAGAAGGAAGAGGCGAUUGAAGACCUGCUGGUUGCUUAUGCAAGGACACCCACGCCAUUGAUAAUGAGAACGAUGACCGAUAUUGGAAGAAUAAUGGAAGGAUUUCCUGCCGUAGAACCAGGACUCGUCUUAUUGCACGAUUGGAAGAUGGAUAUGGCCGAAGAGGGGGAAUCUGAGCCUCCACGAUCACUUAUUUGGGCCGGAACUGUAUUAACCAUCUAA